AUGGAUGCCCGUGAUAUACUUAUAAAUAACGCCUCGAUGCUAGAUAAAUACCUUACUACAGAUGAUAGAACUGGAACUUCAUCGAAUGAUUCUCAAGCACAUCCUGUACUUUCUGUUCCAGUAUCGGCAGCAUUUUCUUUAUUGAGCGCCUCAGCAAAUUUUGAAAACGACUUUAAAACAUUUAAUUAUAUCUCAAACUAUACUUCUAUCCUUAGUACAACAUUAGAUGAAUUUCGAAGCCAAAAUAUAAAAUUAAAUAAUGAAUUACAAUUGGCAAAAUAUUACGAAUAUAAGAAACCUAUCACAAGUAAUACAAUAAGGCAAAAUAGUGUGGUAAGUACAUCUGAUUCUUCCAUCAUUCAAAGUGAUAGGAACAAAAAUAUUAAUUCUAUCAUUGAUAAUUUCCUGUCAUUUGCAGAAAAUAAUAUUGACCCAUAUAGAUUAAAGGAUUCGUUGAAAAAAUAUGACGAUAUUCCUAAUCCUCAUUCAGGUUUACGAUUAAGUAAGUUAUACAAUGACACCCAUCUAUCAGACGAUGCAGAAAAGGAUUCUCAUUCGUUUUCAAAUUUAAAUUUUGCAAAUCCUUAUUAUAAGUAUUAUAAAAAAUUAUUAACGGUGGAUUUAAAAGACUACGACAUCUUAAAGAAACAUAACUUAUGGGUCCCUACCGUGAGGAAAGAUCAUACUCAGUUUCUAACGGAAUUUAAAUCUGGCGAAAAACAAGAUAACGAUGAUAUAUACAAGGAUAAAACUUGUCCAUUAUUUAUUACUGCAACAUAUGCCUUACCUUCUUUAUACGAUUUCCAUGCAGGCCAUUCAAUAUUACCCUCCAUCUUUUCUGAAUUCAAACUCCCAUCUCUAGUGUAUCAUACUACAGUUGAGUUCAAUGGUCAAGUAUUUAUUCUAGGUGGGUUGAUGGCAUGCUAUAGAAAUGAUAAUGAAAUUCCAAAUGUCGAGAAUUAUUACGUUGAUGGAAUUAAGAAUUUACCUCCUCCAUUAUUACAAGAUGUAAUCAAUAACCCAACAAUGGUCAACAAUCCAUAUCUUUAUGUGCAUUAUGUUAAUUCUUCAAGAUUAUCGAGACCUAACAUAUCGGGACAAAUACCUCCUCCUUUGUUAUGUAUGACAGCUACCAAAUUAACAGAUAGAUACUUAUUAUUUUAUGGUGGUAUAGAAAUUAAAACUGAGACCAAUUUCGAUCCAACUGGAAAGGUUUUCAUCAAGAAAAGAGCGUUUCUAAAUAAUACAGCGUAUAUCCUGGAUACAGUAUCAUUUAAAUUUACCAAGAUUGAAGUUAAUACACAAUCUUUCAAGGAUGGCACGUCGACAACGUUUACACCUAGAUUUGGUCAUAUGCAAAUAGCUAUAAAGAGCUCUGAUUUAGAUAUGUCUUGUAGUUCUGGGUUAAGGGAGAGCAGCAGUUCCUUGGCUGUAAGUGUAUCUAGUUCAAUGAAAAAGGAUGAUUCACCAAAUAUUGAUCCACAACCUGACGGAAAUGCUAAUGGUACAACACCAUCCAAUUCUAUACCAAUGGUAAGCUCCCCUAGUAAUGCCACCACUAACACCACUAAUUCCAAUGCUAAUGCUACCAAUAAUUCCAAUUCAAAUAAUACUUCAACUAGUAACACUCAUCAUGCCAACAAUGCUUUUUCCAUACUGAUAUAUGGUGGUUAUAGACAAACGGUUGAUGAUAAAUAUACUGCAUUGGAUGACAUGUGGAGGUUAGAUGUAAACAUUGUUGCUCGUGGUAAAAAAGGUUAUUUAAAAUUUGCUGAUUCUAUUGUGGCAUCAAAUAUUCCUGUCAUAGGGGAAGAAGGUGAGAUACCUAACGCAAGAGCAUUCUUUGCAUAUUGUUUACCUGACACAAUCUUACAAGGAAAGACUUCAUUAGAAAAUACAUUAUUAAAAAGAUUAGAAGAAGAAUUUAAUGUAGAGUCUAACUUAUUUGGCAAUCAUAAUGCCGGAAGCAACAGUAAUGAUCCUACAACGUUAUUAUUUCCAAAUAUUCCACAUGGAUCGCAUAUUCCUAUUGAUAAAGUGACUACAAAUACAUCUAUAAACACAAAUGCAUCAUCAAGGACAGCUACAAACAAUUCACGUGGUGGUACAAAUGUUUCAACAGGAACUCCAAAUUCUUACAAUACUGCUACAUCUACAAAUUUAAGCAAAUCAAUCAGUAAUAAUUUUAAUGAGAGACAAAAUGAAAGACGAUCAAACACUAAUGAAAGUAUCAAUUCAGGAUCAUUACACAAUCAAUUGAGAUCAAUGAAUUCAUACAGUGGUAAAUUUGAUCCUAGUAGAAACAGUGACACUAAACGUGUGAUCGUGAUCCAUGGCGGUUCUAAUAACUUAGAUGUGUUUGGAGAUAUGUGGUGGUUUGACCUAGAUACAAUGAAAUGGUUAAAGAUAGAUACUUAUGACAAACGUAAUUCAAAUAAAGAAAAGGUACUUGAAGUCAGUGAAUUAAAACUUGUCGGUCAUUCAAUGGUCUCUGCUGGGUAUACUGGAAUAUUUAUAGGUGGAAUGGAUGAAAAUUCUGUGAAACGUAUAUAUUAUGAUGAGUCAAACUGUGAAAGUCAAACCACAACAACAGGAAAUGGUCUUGUCAAUGUUAUUAAUUUAAUGACCCAAUGUCUAAUGGAGGAUAACGAUGAUCCUGUUGAAUUUAUGUAUGAAGGUCAAGAAGUAGAUCCAAAUGCUUUUGAAUUACUUAAAAAACUGAGAUCUGUAUGCAGUGUCGGAGGAUCUACUAUUGAGUCCGAAGGCACCGUCCUUGUGAUUGGUGGUGUUGUAUUUAAUAAUAGUGAUACAGACAAGAUAUAUCUAAGAGGUGCCAUGUUAGAAUUCAUUCUUCCGGCGAUGAGUCUACCAAUAUAA